UAUAAACUUAGUAGCCCAGUUUGCUCCAACUAAUUGAAUAGGUGUAAUACUGCACCCAGCAAGAAUAUUGGCCAUUCCUUAUAUAUCAGAGGGUUGGGGAGGAGCUCCACAUUGAAUUAGUGAUAGAAUCCAUUGUACAAGUGAUUCCUCUUUAUUUUGAGUUAAUUUAUGGUUGUUAGAGCGUGUUUCUAAGUGUGAAGUGACUCUAUUACAUCAUUGCUGGAGAGUUAUGUGAAGAACAUUAUAGACGCGUGCAGCUUCGCGAAUAUUGCAAAUUUCCUGGUUUUUCAAAGCUGAAAUAGCAAGGAGGAGUCUUCCCUCCUGUUCAGUGGAUUUUUGAAGAUUUUGACGUGUUUUUGGAGGCAUAGUUGGUAGUUGAAUUGUGUGAGGCAAUAAAACGCGUGAAAUUUUGAUGAGGUGGCCCGCUUGUAGGUGAAAUACGUUAAUAUAUUCCCUGAAAAUACUCCAUCAAGGAGGUUUCGUGGCAGAUAGAUCGCAGGGGUUGCAGUCAACCACCACGGAGGAUCUCCCGCACUCGUGAAGCAAAGGAAACAUGCUCUCUCGCGGACAGCCGGAGAACAGAGACAAGAGACUCGAUCCUAAUUCAUAAUCAUCAUCAUCCUCAAAAGAAGCUUGAAUGUCAUCGACGCGUGCCAAGCGAUUGCAAGCCACAUCUGACCUCAUUGCCUCCCUCCCCUGUCGCCUCAUCUCCCGCGCGCUGUCUGUCCUUCUCUCUCCAUCUUUCGCCCUCCGCUCUGCUCGUCCCUUGUUUCUCCCAGUAACGAGAGCCUUCGUCGCCGUGGAUCGCUUCAUCCCCGUCUGCCAGACAUCUCUGGUUGUCCAGUCGCUGUUUCGAGUCGCCUUUGCCAUCUUGCCUCCCCCGCUGGUGUCCCGCCUUCGCACACUGACGUCAGCCAAGAUCGGCCUCAAACUUAACCACUUAAACUUAACCAAACUUCCUCGUCCCUAAUCUUGAUCUUUUCUGCUUCCCAUUAUCCAUUCCUCUUUCCCCGUUGUUUGGUUUCAUCAUCUCGGCAUAUCAACUCUUCCCAGCGUCGCUUUUCAAGUCUUCUCAAACCAGCUUCCUGUCGCGCACCGCCGCGCAGGCCUUUCAAGACCCUCCUUCCCCCCUAGAUGACAAUUUCUAUAUUUGAGUUUUAAAAAAACAUUCCCGCUAUACAGGCAUCAUGAGUACGAUACAGAGUCUCAAGAAUUUCAUACGUCAUGGGAAACAGGCACGCCUGGUGACUCACCAUGCCGAACCCACCACCGACGUCUCCGCCGUCCAUGCUGAACAUCAACGGCAGCAUCAGCGCCAGUCUCCCGCCGCGGGGAAUCUCGACGCAAUCGAGAGCAAACAUGCGAAUGGCCACGCGCAGUCCCAGAAAGCCCCCGAGGCGCAGACGAAGCGAUCCCGGGAAGCGGAGAUCCAGCAGAUCGUAGCCGAAGAGCGACAGAGCCGGUCGAAGAUGCCUAAAUACCCCGGUUUGGAUCGCUGGGCUCUAGUGGACAAGAUGGGUGACGGAGCUUUCAGCAAUGUAUACCGUGCAAAAGAUAGCACCGGAGAGUAUGAUGAAGUGGCCAUCAAGGUCGUCCGCAAAUUUGAAAUGAAUAGCAGUCAGCGUGCCAGUAUACUCAAGGAGGUCCAAAUCAUGCGCCAAAUCGAUCAUCCUAAUAUCGUCAAAUUAAUCCAUUUCACCGAAUCCCCCCAGUACUACUAUAUCAUCCUAGAACUGUGCCCCGGAGGCGAAUUGUUCCACCAGAUCGUACGGUUGACAUACUUUAGCGAAGAUCUUGCUCGCCAUGUGAUCAUCCAGGUUGCAAAGGCGAUUGAAUACCUACAUGAAACUUCAGGGGUCGUGCAUCGCGACAUCAAACCGGAGAAUCUCCUCUUCUAUCCUAUACCUUUCGUUCCGAGUAAACAUCCCAAGCCUCGCCAACCAGGCGACGAGGACAAAGUAGACGAAGGCGAAUUCAUCCCCGGCGCUGGAGCUGGGGGUAUUGGCCAGAUCAAGAUUGCGGACUUUGGUUUGUCCAAGGUGAUCUGGGACAAUCAGACCAUGACCCCUUGUGGGACCGUAGGUUAUACCGCACCGGAAAUUGUAAAGGAUGAACGCUAUUCCAAGAGCGUUGACAUGUGGGCCCUUGGCUGCGUGCUAUACACAGUGCUCUGUGGCUUCCCGCCCUUUUAUGACGAAAGUAUUCAGGCCUUGACGGAAAAGGUGGCUCGCGGCGAAUACACUUUCUUGUCGCCGUGGUGGGAUGACAUCUCCCCCAGUGCCAAGGACCUUGUCUCUCACCUUCUCACCGUCGAUCCAGAAAGGCGAUACACUAUCAAGGAGUUCCUUGCCCAUCCGUGGAUUCAGCAGGCUGACGAGGCUACUCAUCGCAUGGUCCAGCAAGGAAUGAAUCAGGUGCCGAAAACUACCGCCGGCCAAACUCCCUAUUAUGCUGUUCCUUCACAUGUCCUUGACCUGCCUAGUGCCGGAACCGCGCGUCGGAUGGACUUCCGAUCGCCAGGCGCUAUCAACUUGCGAGAGAUCUUCGAUGUCGGAUACGCUGUCCACCGACAGGAAGAAGAAGGCAAGAGACGUAAGAAUUUCAGACAAGGUUACCGGGGGACAGCCCUCCACCCUCUCAACGAAGACUAUGAUGAUGACGACGAAGUCUCACACGGUUAUGGGAUGGAUGCUAGCAAUCUGCCCUCCAAGAUUCCGAAGUCUUCACAGCAGGCAGGCGACGUCGCCGGUAUGGAGGCGAAGCUACGCUCCACGAAUUUGGGAACGCAGAAUGGAAGUACGAGACAACCGCGAAGCCAGCAGCGGGGCUAUGGACAACAUAGCGCAGCUGUUGCAUCGACUGCCAGGGAGAGCAUCGCGCGGCAUUCUAGACAACCUUUCGAACUCAGUCUCGACCAUGCAACUCUGCUGGAACGGCGAGGGAGGCGCCAGCAACAAGGGCAACAACAAGUUGCUUGAGACAAUUCUCAGUUUGACUCGUCAUUAUUUUCAUCUGUCUAGAUGAGCGUUGUUUCUGAUUUGUUUCCUUGAAAGAUCUCUGGGUGUCAUUUUCUUGUUAGAACUGUUCUUUGCAUUCUUUUCCCCCCUUUCUUCUUGGAUUGCUUAAGCCUCCUUGCAUUUUUGUUAAUGAGCAGAUUGGACAUGGUUGGUUUUGUUCUGUAAUGCCUGUUCACUGGAUUGUUGGCUACCAUGGCGACGUCUGUUUUGCUUCUGUUCUAAACGUGUGUUGGGCUAUCUAUAUGGUUAUGGCUACGAUCUAACGGAAAUUAUAUCCCAUACGUUUAUGGAUUAGAGCUGUAGGAACUUUGCUAUAAAAUUUAUGGAUGCAUACGAGCGAGGAAUGGAUGUUCAUUCAGACAUCUAGGGCUUGUUAUUCAAGAACCAUAACCUAAUCCAGUUUCAUACUAGAAGAAUUUCACUUGAUUGGGUUCACUGUACCAUUGCUGACUUGCUUGUGCUGGUUCAUUAGGAAACUGAGCGUGAGGGUAGCUCUCAAUCUGUAUGUGGAGAGAGGGAUCCAAGGAAUCUAGCCAUCUUUCUCAAUUGGAGAGCAAGGGCAUUGAGUAUGGAGGUAGAAAAGAAAUGAAUAUAAAUCAAUGGAACAUGCUGUGGACUCAAGGAUAGGAAUCUUCCGAAUCAAAUGGCAAUAACCUGUGAAUUUGUGUGGGGAGGGAACUGCCAUCCCCCUCUGGCUAGCUCUAUACUCCUAAUUAG